CAGUGCACACCCUCUCCUUUUCUCUUUUUUUCUGUUCUUUUUUUCCUAGGGCUCGCCACCAAAUGCCAUGGAAUUCCAUCGCAUCGCACGCACCGGUGUAAGAACUUCUGGAGAGCGUCAUUCAACCCUUUGCCUGCCGCGAGGGACGGGCCCUUCACCGCAUCUCAGUAACUCCCCGUCUCUCCCUUCCUUCCCUUGGCUUCAAUACCCAGAGUGGUGAACAAACCCAAGGGUCCCAUCCACCUGAAGCCACAGGGGGUUCCCGCCCACGCACCUUAACGAUCCCCGCCUAGUAGAGAGUUGCCCGACUAGAGUUCUAGACCAAAAAGAGAGUUACAUACAACAA